AUGCUUGCGUCUAGUGUGUUCAGGGUUUCUCGUGGUGUGAGCGUGGUGGUCAGGACUGCUGCUCGAUGCAGAGGAGGGUUUUCUUCCCCAUCUCUGCGAUUUGUCCUUCCUCCCAAUACCGCGUCAAUCUGUGUCCGGGCAUUUGCUACGUCACAAGAAGGCGAAAAGAUCGUGUCGAACGCAACUGAACAGGUUGCAAAAGAAGCGACACAAACCGUCGUGAAACCCGAGUCCUCUGCUCUCAAACGAAACGUGGCCGGAUUCACCGUCGGUUUAGUGGCCUCGGCCCUUGGAUCCAUGGUCGGUCUGGGUGGUGGGUUCAUCAUCAUUCCACUUUUGACUACCUUUGGUGGAAUGUCGCAGCACCAGGCGGCCUCGUGUUCUCUAGUCUCGAUUUUCGCAACCGCUCUCACUGGUACGGGAACUUACAUUUCCCAAGGUUUGAUUGAUAUUCCCGCAGCUGCGGCAAUCACUGUAACUUCAAUGAUCAUGGCUCGCUACGGCUCGAAGUGGUCUCACAACUUCGAGUCGAAAAAACUCAAGCGCUAUUACGGAAUUCUCUGUCUUUUAGUCGCUCCGCUUCUUCCCAUCAAAACGCGCAUUAUGGAGAAGCGGAAGGAGCAGGAAGCCCAGAAGAAGGCCCAGGAGGUCAGCAAUCUCGCCGAGGAAAACGCGAAGCUGGGCUAUCGCGACUGUCUUUCGAUGGAGGCAAUGAAGCAGUCGGAGGUAGUGGAGCACAGUCCGCUUUUGCUGAGUUUGGGACUGGUGGCUGGCACGAUGAGUGGCUUUUUCGGCGUGGGAGGAGGAAUCAUCGUCUCUCCCAGCCUCUGUUUGUUUACGCAGAUGGCUCCUAAGAAAAUUAUGGGAACGUCGCUGGCUUCGAUGAUUAUUCCCACUUCGAUCUCCGCGCAUCUGAGCUAUAAGAAGGGCAAUCUUGUUCUUGGAACGGCCUUGCCGAUCUGCUUGGGCUCGGUAGUGGGCGGUGUAAUUGGAAGCAAGGUCGCGGGAAAAAUGCCUGCGAAGAAGAUUCAGUGGGUGCUCGUGGCUCUGCUGCUCGUGUCUGGUUUGAAAUCUGUGCUUUCGGGUGUUUGUUGA